AUGAUCGCUAUGUCCAGUAUCAUCGGGUUCCCGUUACCCUUCGCUCUUGUGGUUGGAACUCAAGUGUGGUUCGUGAUUGUUCUCGUUUGCUUUAUGUGCUACUUUGGACGAGUUUUGAGACAAAAGCCGGCGGUUUUUAUGGAGCUGAAAAGCAGCAUCAUUGUUCUCGUCUGCCAAGUAUUGCUCACAUUCGUGUAUCCAGCGUAUCUGUAUGGCUUCAUCCAAGUGAAGCCAUCAAGUCAGAAGUUUUAUCUCGUGUUGCUGCCUAUCAUCAAGAUUAUUGCGAAGAAUUGGAUCGGCCACUUUUUAGUAACUAAAUACGAUCUGAUGCCGCAAAUUAUGAUUUUCAAUGUGGACGUGUUCAACGCACUAUACGUCUCCAGUUCGAUGCAGAAUUCCAGCUCUAUAAGCACGAUGCUUUCGAUGAUUGGGCUAGAUAUUGUCCAGGCUUGGGUGUCGAUAUCAGACAUUGGGAAUCUCAUGAAGUAUAUUCGUCGGGUUCAACGUAAAAUUCCUGUUGAUCAUCCAUUAAAAUCUGCGAGUUUUAUUGAGAUUGCACAGCAGAUUAUAAAAGACGAUUCUCAAGCGAAAGCUCACCUAUCGCUGCAUCACUACAGCUCUGCGCUUACGAUUUUAAAAGAACGUCGGCUAUUCGUACAAAGGACUGCUCAAGUUCUUUUUACGACGGAGUUUGUGAUUCUCGUCGAGUACACGGAAGUCAUCGUGCCGUUCAUCUUCUGCAUGUACACUAUCGCGAUGUACCAACUACCUAACCGUGCCUUCUACUCUCAAGUUGCAGAACUAGACGACGCAGGACUAGGGAGAAAGCUUGGGACUGUCGUUAAAUUUGGCACGAUUGAGCUGCUGUCCCUUCUUGUAUUUGGAUUCCUUAUCCAGCGCAAGAUUGGUGUUUCAAUGCUGCGGCUACUAUCGUUUGUGCUUGAUCGGAGUUGGAGAAUGGUCCAAGCGAAUCUCUUCCUGUGGAUUUUUUACACUGUUCAAAACUCGCUUGAACAUAACGGAGCGGACUUCAGCUGGUCAUUCGGCUGGCUGAAAACCUGA